AUGCCCAAACUUUUGUUUUCAAAGAUUCGGAUUUAUGAAAUUAGGGAUCUGAUGCAAAAUGUGAAGCGGCCCAGAAGGAUUGAUAUUGUUCUUAAUCGAAAGAGGCGUAAGAAGGACAUCCAGGGCCUCGUGGUGCAAAAAAUAAAUGACGAGCCAGCUCCUUCAAAACUCAGUUGGCAGACUGACCAUGAACUCCACCCAACUCUGGAAAAAGUGUUACGGGAUAAAAAGUAUUUAGCAGCAUUCCGGACUUUUCUGCAGUCCGAGUUCAGCGAAGAGAACAUUGAGUUCUGGCUCGCAUGUGAAGACUUUAGGUCGAGCGCCUCACCGGACAGCCUUCGCUGGAAAGCAGAGGAGAUCUACAUGGAGUUCAUCCAGCCCACGGCCUGCAGAGAGAUCAAUGUUGACCACCAUAUUAGAGAGAAGAUCGAGAAGUCCCUGGAGGAUCCCAGCCUCUCUUGCUUCGACGAGGCCCAGAAACACGUUUACCUGCUGAUGGAGAGGGACUCUUGCCCUAGAUUCCUGCACUCUGAAGCCUACCUGAGUCUAAAGCGCAAAUCCAGAACUUUUUGGUACAUUUAG